GCCUGUGUCCCUCUGGUGUGAAGGGCCCCCUGGGGCUGUUAGGUACUAUCUGAAGAAGAAGGGAGACUAUCAGUACAUGGAAAAGUCUGCAGCUGGGAGGGCAGCCCAGUUCCUCAUCUCUCACAUGACAGCAAACACAGCCGGGAGUUACCAAUGUCUCUACAACAGCCAAUCAUCUUGGUCAGAGGACAGUGAUCCCCUGGAGCUGACAGUGACAGGGCCCUAUGACCCACCCUCCCUCUCAGCCUUGCCCAGCUCCCAGGUGGCCUCAGGACACAAUCUUACCCUCCAGUGUCAGUCAGAGGUGUGGUAUGAGUAUGCCCUGUACAAGGAUGGAGAACGGAUCACCCAAGGCAUGGCCCAGGCCCAUGGAAGGGGUUCCCAGACCAAUUUCCUCAUCACAGCUGUGAACUCUACCCAUGAAGGGACUUACCGAUGCUACAGCUUUCACCAUGUAUGCCCUUAUGAGUGGUCAGCCCCCAGUGAUGCCCUGGUGCUCAGGGUCACAGGUGAGGGAGCCCCAGCCCCCCCACUCCUCCCAUCCCUCCUAAAUGCUCUCCUGGAUUACACUGUGGGCAAUCUGAUUCGCCUCAUCUUGGCUGGGCUGGUCCUCAUCAUUCUGGGAGUCCUGCUGACUGAGACCUGGUGCAGCCUCCAGGGGCAAGCCGCCAUCCUCCAGGGCCAGACUCCCCUCCACCCUGAGAGCUUCAGUGUUGCUGACCCCAGCUUAGCAUCAGACGAUGCCGUGGUGGAGACAGCGGAGGAGGCCACGGAGCCCGCCGAGGCGGACAUCACGGGGCUGUGCCAGGACAUGUUCUCCAAAAUGGCCACGUACCUGACGGGCGAGCUCACAGCUACCAGCCAUCUGUCCAUCCUGUCACCAGCCCUUGGGGCCACAAUGGCCCCCACACUCUCUGCCCUGCUCUGCUUAGGGCUAUGUCUGUGCUGGGGGAUCUGGGCACAAGAGGGCACAUUGCCCAGACCCUCCCUCAGGGCAGAGCCAGGCUUGAUGAUCCCCCAGGGGGAGCCUGUGUCCCUCUGGUGUGAAGGGCCCCCUGGGGCUGUUAGGUACUAUCUGAAGAAAGAAGGCUAUCAGUACAUGGAAAAGUCUGCAGCUGGGAGGGCAGCCCAGUUCCUCAUCUCUCACAUGACAGCAAACACAGCCGGGAGUUAUCAAUGUCUCUACAGUAGCCAAUCAUCUUGGUCAGAGGACAGUGACCCCCUGGAGGUGACAGUGAUAGGGUACUAUGACCCACCCUCCCUCUCAGCCUUGCCCAGCUCCCAGGUGGCCUCAGGAUACAAUGUGACCCUCCAGUGUCAGUCACAGAAAGGGUACAUGUAUGCCCUGUACAAGGAUGAAGAACGGAUCACCCAAGGCAUGGCCCAGACCCAUGGAACAGGGACUCGGGCCAACUUCUCCAUGCAGGCUGUGACCACUGCUCAUGAAGGGACUUACCGAUGCUACAGCUUUCACCGUGCAUACCCUUAUGAGUGGUCAGCCCCCAGUGACCCCCUGGUGCUCAGGGUCACAGAUGCUCUCCUGGAUUACACUGUGGGCAAUCUGAUUCGCCUCAUCUUGGCUGGGCUGGUCCUCAUCAUUCUGGGAGUCCUGCUGACUGAGACCUGGUGCAGCCUCCAGGGGCAACCUAGAGGGGAGAUGGCCAGGGGAGAACGUUUCCUUCUGGGGAGGGAGAAGGGAGCGGAGGGGCAGGGAGGGGGAGGGAUCUGCAGUCCCAGCCCGGUGCUGGGGGCCCCGUGGAUGCCCGAGUCAGUCAAUGUAUCCAUCAAGGAACGUCUCUUAGGUGCCUCCUGUGUCCCAGGCCAUCUGUCCACCCUGUCACCAGCCCUUGGGGCCACAAUGGCCCCCACACUCUCUGCCCUGCUCUGCUUAGGGCUAUGUCUGUGCUGGGGGAUCUGGGCACAAGAGGGCACAUUGCCCAGACCCUCCCUCAGGGCAGAGCCAGGCUUGAUGAUCCCCCAGGGGGAGCCUGUGUCCCUCUGGUGUGAAGGGCCCCCUGGGGCUGUUACGUACUAUCUGAAGAAAGAAGGCUAUCAGUACAUGGAAAAGUCUGCAGCUGGGAGGGCAGCCCAGUUCCUCAUCUCUCACAUGACAGCAAACACAGCUGGGAGUUACCAAUGUCUCUACAGUAGCCAAUCAUCUUGGUCAGAGGACAGUGACCCCCUGGAGGUGACAGUGAUAGGGUACUAUGACCCACCCUCCCUCUCAGCCUUGCCCAGCUCCCAGGUGGCCUCAGGACACAAUGUGACCCUCCAGUGUCAGUCACAGCAAGGGCAUGACAUGUAUGCCCUGUACAAGGAUGAAGAACGGAUCACCCAAGGCAUGGCCCAGACCCAUGGAACAGGGACUCGGGCCAACUUCUCCAUGCAGGCUGUGACCACUGCUCAUGAAGGGACUUACCGAUGCUACAGCUUUCACCGUGCAUACCCUUAUGAGUGGUCAGCCCCCAGUGACCCCCUGGUGCUCAGGGUCACAGCUUCCCCAGGUCUCACAGCAGGCAUCCUGACGGGCAUCUCAGUCUUCCUCAUCCUCUUCUUCCUCUUCCUCUUCCUCCUCCUCUGCCAGCGACGCUGUCAGCAUCAGGCCAGACUCAGGAAUGGGGGCAGAGAAGCCGAGGUCAAGACGACCACCAGGAGCUCUGACCCAGAGGGGACCCCCCUGGAGGAGACACCAUAUGCUGCUGUGAAUGAUGGCAGACAGACAGAGGACACUGCUGUGAGUCACUCACAGACCUCUCCUGGAGGGAGCAGGGAGGGAGAGGCUUCCCCAGAGACACACAGGUGGGAGGGUUCAGGGUCCUUCCCCUCCUCAGCCCUCCUGCCCCAUGUCCCACUCCAACCCUCCAUCUCCUCCUGCCAGGCUCCCAAAAGGGAAGACCCUCAGGAAGUGACCUAUGCCCAGUUGAACCUCUACAGACUCCAGGCUGGGGCCAAGGAUCCUCCCCGCUCUGGGCCAGAGGAGUCCAGCCUCUAUGCUCCCCUGCAGUGAGCUCGGCCUGAGCCCAGGAGACCCCAGGAGGAAGAGGCCCUUCCUUGGCUCUGGCUGAGAAGCUGCCAGGUGUGGACAAGCCUCUUCCUGGACACCUGAAACACAGUUUAGAUGACCCCACCUGGGCAACCUCGGGCUGCAGACACCAAGGGGUCAGCACAAUGUAGGCGCUUAAUUAAAAAAAGCAUCAAUUCAGCGCUUCCUGUCUGCCAAGCAGUGGAGACGCAGAGAAAAGUGAGAUCUCCCAUUCCUAGCGGGGAGAGACAGCGUGCAGGGAGGGUUUCAGCUGAGUCACCUCAAACGUCAUUUAUGAUGUUGAACCACUUACUGUGCCAAGGACUUGAGGGGCAGGAACUGUCUUGCUCAGACACCAGGCUACGUGACCCUGGACAAGUCACUUAACCCCUCACUGUUUCCCCACUUGUCGAAUAGAGACAUCCCAUAGUGGGUGCCAUGU